AUGACGGGCUCGCUUGAGACUUUGCCAAGCCGUGAGGAGUUGAAGGAAAGGCUUUUUGAUGUCAUCGACAAAGAUGGAGAUGACCUUCUAAACAAGGGAGAGAUGCGCGAACUGGCCAAGUUAGUUGGUUUCGACGGCGGUGACGAUGAAUGGUCACAGGAGUAUUUGAAACUCUGCGAAGAAGUAGGAGCAGCACCAGCGAAAGGAAUCCCAAAGGUGGUCGUCCUGGAACUUUUAGAUGACAGAUCAGAAACUGGAUGCUUCUGUACCGAAGAGGACCUGCAGAUUUUGUUGCGGGGCCUUGAAAAACGGGAAGUGAAGGCAGUGAGUUCCUCCCGGGUCGAGAAGAAGUCCAAGCAGGUCACGGCGAGGCGUCGUGAAGGGCGCGCGGGUGAUGACGUCUUCUUCUCUGGCGUCCCCAUAUGGACCACUGAGGACGCCAUUCGCAGUUUCUUCCAGCACGCCGGCGAGGUGCUGGCCAUUCGGUUGUUCAGACACAAGGAUGGCACUUCGCAGGGGAUGGGCUAUGUCACUUUUGGCAGCACCAAACAGGCGUCUCGCGCCGUCGCUUCGCUGAACCAAGAAGAGAUGGUUGGCUAUCCUGGCUAUCCAAUUCAGGUGCAGGCAUUUGAUCACCAAGAAGAGAAGCAAAAGGCCCUUCCUGCGCGUCAGGAAAAUCGCCGCUAUGUGGAGCCGCCCCGUGUGGCGCGGGCGCGGGAGACGCGCGAGGCGCGGGAGGCGCAAAAGACGGGCGCCACGGGCGGCCGCCGGGCGCCGGCGCCGCUGCCAGUGCAUCGGACGGCGCAACGCUCCAGCUACGAAGGGUGGUAUGGAGGGGAAGAUCAGAACAACUGCUACGACGAAUGGGAGGGUGCCGGCUACUCGAAGGAAACCUAUAACGGCUACCCGAGGGCCUACGACUCGGGCUACGAGGGAGCCUACGACUACGAUGGCUAUGACACCUACGAUGGCUACGAGGGCUACGGAAGAGAUGACACAAGAAAAGUUGAGGAACGUGUUUCAGGAGUCAACAUCCGGUGGUAA